AUGAUUUAUCACUCCUUUCGAGAGAUCUUGGUCAAUAGUUUAGUACAAAAUUUGGUCUCUACCGCAAAGAACAAUAACCUUACAGCAGUAGUGGUGUUCACUCGUAACCUCAAUAUCGAGUUGGAUUUUAAAACCAAGGUCAAAGUCCAACCAAUCAUCGAUCUUUCAAGUUUACCUAAACUAGAGACUCUAAAGUUGGAUGGAGAUGAUUCGGAACAUCAUAUCAAGUACACCGUCAAUCAAGGCCCCCCCAAAUGUGUACAAUUCCUUUCGCAAUCUACUCUCCCAUUAUUGGAACAACUAAAAGUAAACCAAAGUAUAUUGAUUAAAGGAGGAAUCAAUUUAUCACCAUUGCUCAAGAAACUCUUUAUUGACCUUUGUUCUCGAUUGAUGCCAGUCAAUUUCAUCAUCCCAUCAAGUGUUUCAAAGUUUACAAUCUAUAAAGAAACUGAAAAAGAUAUUCUUGGAGAGGUUGUAUUCCCACGAUCACUCACUUGUCUAUCUAUCUAUCAAGGACUACCAGAAUCCAUCGUUCAACUCAAACUAAACAUCAAAGAACCUAUCUUUCCAUCACUUCCUCAACAAUUGAAACAAUUCACUUGGAGAUCAAAGCCUCAUAUGGAAGAUAAUCCACUUUUGGUGUUUCCAGCCAUUGAAAACUAUCCACCUCUACUUGAAACACUCAACCUAUCACAAACUCAUAGAGACUUUACAGUGGCCCAUAUACCAUCAAUCACCAAAUAUCUAUCAUUGGCCUUACUACCUGUCCCCUCUGUUCCAAAGCGUGUUCCAACUUAUUCAAUUGGUAGAAUAUUGGAAAAUGAUAAUAGCAAGGUAUUGGUAUUGGAAAAACAAUCACUUACUGGUGGAAUUAUCACUCAACGUAAAACAGUCGAUCCAGAUCAAUUUAUUUAA